UAUAGGGCCGACAAGUUAGAGCUGUCAUGCAGCUUUCUAAUCACAGUCCCCAACCCUGUUGUGGGUCUUCAGUGAACCAUGGACGACCUCGACUGGGCGGCCAUCACUGGCGAGCCGAGCGAGCCGCUGCUGCGCGGCUCACUCCUGGAUGACUCGCUCCAGCUGCCGCCAGUUAAACCAAAGUACUGGUGGCAGGCCGGCUAUGUCAGCGACAAUGACGUCGUGAUCCAUUCCGACACGGAUGGAUCGUUCAUGGGACACGCCGCCAAGCCGGCCGCCAAGAGCCAAGUGGACAGCCUGCUCAAUGACGUGCUACCUGUAAAAUCGGGUAAAAAGGCCGGUAGACCAAAGAAAGCUCCGGUCGAAAAAGCCAACACGACAUCAGGAAAGUCAAAAUCUGCUCCGAAGGCGGCUACGGCUGCAGCAUCUGGAGUUCUUGGUCUGUUGGAGGCCGAGUUUCCACGCCCUGGCGCGUCCACUGCCAAUGCUACGGCCGGCAAGAAACCGGCGUCCAAGUCGGUACCGGUCGCCGGCCGGCAGGGGUUUUUCGACAGCGCCGCCCUGGACCGCGACUCGAGCGGCGCCUCGGAGGUGUUUGUCGUGCCUCUGCCUCCCAAGGCGGCCAAGAGGACCAAGAAGCCGGCUGCGGUCGCGCGGUCGCCGUCGCCGCCGCCGCCGCCGCCGCCGCCGCCGCAGCCGGACCUUUUAUCCAACUGCAGGCCGGUGUCGGUAGACCGUAUGUCGGUGGAUAGCAUGGCGUCAGAGGCCAUCGUGAGGCCGACGGUGUUCCCAGUGCCCAGAGCGGCGCCGGCGCCGAGCCGCGUCGUGCCGCCCGCCGCCGGCCUGUCGCGGAUCAUUGACGACGCUGUCCCGCCUAGCAAGCCGCCGGCCGCCGCCAAGCGGGGUAAAAAGCCGGCAGCGGCGCCAGCCGCCGGGCGGGCGAGGAAACGAGCGCCGGUCGUGGCCGAUACGUCCGGGGAGGAGCCGACGCCGCGCCCGGCCGCCGCGCGGGGCAAGAAGGCGGCUCGCGGUGGUGCCCGGUCGGCGCUGAGGCUGGAGACCUCACCGGAUACGACGGGGGAGGACUGGGAGCCGGCGGCGGCGCGUCGGCCGGCCGCCGGCCGCCGGCGCAGGGCGGCCAUACACUCCGAGUCGGAGGACGAGGGCGACGUACUCGACCUAGGGUCGGCGCCGGCGCCCCCGCCCGGUCGGACCAGGCCGCAUGGGGCUGCCCGGCUGAUGUACAGGGAAGAGUCGUCUCUGGACCUGAGCAGCAGCCGGGACACGUCGACCCCGGGCGACCUGACCUCGGACGGCGCCGACUCGGAGUACGUGCCCACCCCGGCCGCCGGCCGCCGGCCCGCUGCCACCGAGCAGCCAGAUAACUAA